AUGUACAUCACCCUCUACUACAUAGUUACUCGGCUCCCUGACUCUCUUCCCGUAGUCCGGGACCACUUCCUCUCAAUUUGCCCCACCAUUCUCACCGUUGACCUCCUCGAGAAGGCCCUCCUAGAAACAGAGAAGAGCAUAGUCGCUGUAGGAGCCUCCCAUGGUAACCCUCGCACCCCCAUCUUUGAGGGGUGUCCCCCCUCCCCCCUUUUGCCCUCUGUUGCCUCUACUGCUGCGGCCGACCUCGUUGGGCUUGAGUCGGUCGGUGCGGCGUCUACCCCUAGCAGGAGACGCCGCAGCGGCAAGGGCAAGGGGGACAGGGGCGCUGGAGGGGCUAGCGGGGGCGGUGGAGGCGGCGGUGGAGGCAGCGGCGGGAGUGGGGGUGGCGAUGGGAGUGGUGGCGGGAGUGGAGGUGUCGGUGGCAGCAGUGGAGGCGGAGGCGGCGGCGGCGGUGGCGGUGGGAGCGGAGGUGGCGCAGGUGGCGGCGGUGGAAGAGGCGGUGGUGGAGGAGAUGGAGCUGGUCGGGGUGUCGCUGCGCAGAGGGUCGGCUCCGGUGGUGGUCCGCGCCAGCAGCAGCAGCAGCGCACUCGUGACAUCCCCCCCCCUCAGCAGCUCCGUGAGUGGUACGCUGCACGUCAGCGGGGUGGGGGUACUGGUCCGUGCACCUAUGUCCUAGGCACCGGCGACCGCGCGGGUGAGCAUUGUGGUGGUGCGCACCCCACCCAGUGCUGCUUUGGCCGCCUGACGGAUGCUUGGCGUCACCAGUUCCCGGAGGCCACUGAGAUCCCCCGCUGGGGUGAGCUGUCUAGGGCGGGAGUAGCUAUCUUUGGCCUUGACUUUGAUGCUAUUCUUGCUGCCAUGUAUGCUGUGACUAUUAGUGAUGAGGGUGACUGUUACCGGUGUUUCCCGCCCAACCCGGGCAUUGAGACUGCUGCUCUAGGUACUGGUGAGGCUGCUGCUCUAGGUGCUAGCGAGGCUGCUGCUCUAGGUGCCAGUGCGUCUGCUUCCUCAGGUGCUGGUGAGUCUGCGCUCUCAGGUACCGCGUCGGCUUCGGCCUCCCUCACCUUCACCCUUGACUCGGGGGCGUAUCGCUCCUUCUUUCGAGACCGCACCACACUCACACCACUUGGUCGGCCAGUUGCAGUCUCUCUGGCAGACCCCUCUAGGGGUCCUGUCCUUGCUCACUUCUCCACUGUCCUCCCGGGUGCGGCGCCUCCCUCUGGCACCUUGUCUGGUCUCUACCUCCCCUUGUUCUCUACGAACUUGGUGAGUGGUGCUGACCUACAGGAUGGGGGAGUUCACCAGUUCACUCCUGCGAGCCAGCGGGUGACCCACUGCACGGACGCUCGGACGGGCCGACACUUGGCCACGUUUAGACGUCGGCCGGGGUCGAGCCUGUGUUUGCUGCAGCGUCCAGGUCUGGUCCUGAGUCUGCCCCCUGCUCAUGUCGCCUCCUGUCUCACGAGACUCUCCUAUGGCACCACCGCCUUGGUCACCCCUCUCUUCUUCGUCUCCGAGGCAUGGCCUCCCGUGUCAUUGGCUCUGAUACCAUGA